UCGCACGCACCCGUAAGGCGGUUCUGGGCCAGGGCGCUGGUACCUGCUGUCGGCGCGCACGCCGCCGCGCGCCUGCACUUGGCCUGGAAGCCCGGCCGCAGCCCCCUCCCUGGCAGAGUCCCCAGCGCACGACUGCCGGCGUGGUGGCCAGUCCCAGAGACUCGGUGCAUUUGAGUGCAGAAGCCCCCGAGAGCCCGUGGAUUUUCAUUUAAUGGGGACCGGCCCUGAGUUCCGCGCACCGUGCUGGGACCGUGUGUCAGCGGCGCGCCCGCCGCGGGCUGAGGGCGAUGCCUUCAUCCCCGUUUCACAGAGGGCCGGAUGGAGGCCGGCAAGCUCAAGUAGCAGCCGAGCUCCCGCAGCGCGUCUAAGUGGCAGAGCUGGGACUUCAGUUAGACCUAUUUCCAAAGUCCAGAUACUUACCUCCAUCGCCCGACCGUGGCCUAAAGGUGUCAAUGCUCAAGCAACUGCCAUCGAUUCCAGGCUGUUGAGAGUGCGGAAGAACAUUACCAUAAGGGAGACGGGGUGCCCGGAAGGCCUGCAUCGUGGGGACACGUUCUGCUGUCAGCCGUGUCCUCCUGGCACACGGAAAGAGGGCGACUGCAAGUCUGAGAGGGGUGAAUCAAUAUGUGUGCUCUGCCAGGAAGGGGUGGAGUACACGGAGGAGAAGCAUUUUUCUGAUAAAUGCAGAAGAUGCACACUUUGCGAUGGAGAGCAUGGCUUGGAAGUGGAAAAAAACUGUACCCGGACCCAGAAUACCAAGUGCAGGUGUAAACCAAACUUUUUUUGUAACGUCUCUGAAUGCGGACACUGUACCCCGUGCACCACGUGUGAACACGGAAUCCUUGAGAGUUGCACACCAACCAGCAAUACCAAAUGCAAAGAAGGAUCCAGCUCCAAAUUUCUGUGGUUUUGUGUCCUAAUCCCGAUUCUUAUAGCUGCACUAAUAUGUUGGUGGAUGUUAAGACGGCGCAGGAAGAAAAGCCAUGAAGUCCGUCGAUCCACAGGCUCAGCCACUGAAAUGAUGCCAAUAAAUUUUGCAGACAUCGACCUGAGUAAAUAUAUCACUAGUGUUUCUGAACAAAUGACAAUAACUCAAGUCAGAGAAUUUGUUCGGAAGAAUGGUAUCAACGAAGCCAAGAUAGAUGAGAUCAAGAAUGACAAUCUCCAAGACACAGCGGAACAGAAAGUCCAGUUGCUCCGUAAUUGGUAUCAACUCCACGGGAAGAAAGAUGCAUAUUGCAAUUUAAUUAGAGGCCUCAGAAAAGCCAAUUUUUGUGCACUAGCAGAGAGAAUUGAAGAAAUGAUCCAGAGGGACAUUACUAGCUAACUUGAAAAUGGAAACUUCAAACAUGAAAAUAGAAGACAAAGCUUGGCCAAAAGUGGAAAACAACUCGCUCCGUCCUGAGUAUAUACGAGUCAAUAGAAAGAAAAAGUAGUGUUUGAAUAAGUUCUGACCAGCUGUGGACCAUAAACGUUGCUUGGCUUUUUACAGGGUGUGCAUUUCAUCUGUUAGAUGUGUAGAGCUAAUCUGUUUACAGGUUCUGAAGGUCUCAGGAGUCUGACCUCAAGGAUGCCGGGAAGACAGACAGGGUUAAAAGUAAAAGCAAUGUCGCAGUAUGUGUGCAAGUUGCGUGCAAAGGACAAAAGACAAGGAGCAUGCUCUAGUGUCUAAGAGAGGUUGCGGGCAGGAGCGGAAUCGGCGUCUGGGAAUGCAAAUGUCUCCCCGCAGGUCGACUCCAUUCCAUGAGUCAACAGAAGCUGCGACUUUUUGUUGCAAUGUCACAAUCACUGGCAAGGCUACUUGGUUUCUGCAUGACCUCUCCAGCUCCACGAUGACUCCAGAGACUGCACGAUGUCUGUGAAUUUCGCAACUCCCAGAGGAGAGGAUCCGAGGCAAGCUCGCGUGUACAUCUGAGUGCAGAAUUUGAUAAGGGUCUAUCUCAAAGAUCUUUGCAAAUAUCGUUGGCAUUUCCGUGUGAAAUAUUUCAAUUUUGAAUUCACGCAGGAAAGCAGACUGACUUACAAGGCUUGGAUGUUUUCUACUCGGAUGCCAUUUUACUGGAUUGGGAUAAUCCACUUAUUUCUCAGGAAAGUCUUACUGGGGCUUUGUUGCCUCCCCGUUCUCUCUCUAGUAUGUCUCUUGAUUGUACAUCUUCACACCCAGAACUGCUGCCUAGCAAACACAUAAUGAUCCCCUAAAAGCCAGGGCUGCCUGUAGAAACCUCUAGCCUGUUUUGGAGAGACUACUGCUCUUUCAGAAGGUGGCUCUGUGGCAUAUCGGGAGCCCAGCAUCCCACCGAAGUUGACAAUGUAGACUCUUAUUUUGUCCUGUUCUUCCCAAAAUGCUCAGUCACCCCCCAUGUGACCUCUGUCACUACAAGGGCAGCUCAUACAUAGCAAGGGUGAAGUCAUCUCCAGGCUUUAGGGACGCCCUUGUUACUCCCUGUCGCUUCUGACACAAACAAGCCCCUCUCCCCUCUGCUCCUUCCUCCCCUUUUCCAUUUAAACACGUCUAAAAGUUUGUAUUAAAUAGGAAUCUUAAUAAAUACUAUUUUAUUUAUAUGGAUAUAAAUGGAAGACAGGUACAAACAAAAAAGGCAGAUAUUUAGAACCACCUAAUGGGCCUCCAUCGAUGGAAGGUAUUUUUUCCUUAUGUUUGGAAAUAUAAAAUAUUUCAUAAAAAUCACAUUUUGGGCAUUUCUGGUUAUCUCUUUUCUGGUGGGGCCUUGCUUUUUGUUUUUGUUUCCCUGUCCUCUAACUGUUGCUAAAUGUAACCCGGUUAUGAAUCUCUGAUUCUCUCUUGGGUCUCUCAGAAAGUACUUCCUUUCUAAAUCCCUCUUAGUAGUUACUUAAUUCCCUCCGUAGGAUGUUACUGCCAAGAACACCUCUCCCAAACAGCACACAAUUAUUUGUUAUUUGAUAUGUUACAACAGGAUUAUAUGUCAGGCACUGAACGUGGGUAAGAAAGUAAAUAUUUCAAAGGGUAGGUUUUAUUGGUAAGAAAGCUAAAUGGAGAUUUUGAAAAAUGCUCUUUCCUGCAUACUUUCCAUUCUGGCUACUUUGUGACCACUGGACUACCCCCCCUUUUUAAAUUUGAUUUUUUAAAAAUACUUUAUGUAUUUGAGAGAGGAAGAGCAGGAACAAGGGCAGAGACAGAGGGACAGGGACAAGCAGACACCCGUUCAGUGGGGAGCCUUUCCUGUGGCUCGAUCCCAGGACCCUGAGAUCAUGACCUGAGCCAAAGUCAGACGCUUAACUGACUGAGCCAGCCAGGUGCCCCAAAUUUAAUUUUAAUAAUAUAUUCUGUUUAACCCAUUAUUCCCGAAGUAUUCUCAUUUGAAGAUGUAAUCAAUAUAAAAACUACUAAUGAGAUAGUUUACAUUCAUUUUUUUCAUACGAAAGUCUUCCAAAUCUGGUCUGUACUUUAUUUAUACUUAAAGGCACAUCUUGGUUUGGACUAGCCAACGUUUAAAGGGUUCAGUAGCCACGUAUGGCUAGUGCUGCUGUUUCACGUAGCUCAGGUCAUGUCUCCGUGAGGGUAGGUCGAAAAGCCCUGGACCCCCUGGCUGGUUUAGCCCUGCUACUCCCCGGUCUGUUCAGCAGGGUCUCUUCAUUUUGAUUGGUUGGAACGUUGACAUCUUCCAUCCCUAUGUCAGUUUUAAGAAUUAUGCUGUUUACAGUGCCUGGGAGUUGGUCUUUGCCCAGCUCUUGGAGACUUCGCCCUGCACGUGCACACGGUGAUUGGCUCAAGACGCCAGAGAACCACUGUUCUGAUCUCUGGAGCUCCUGUUUCUGGGGAGCUCCCUUCUCUCCAGAACUCUGUACUGCAAAGCCUGGAGCCUCAGCCUUCCGAGCUCCAGUCUCUGCUCCUCAACUCACAGUGAUGACUGUGCCCUGCUUAGGGUGUCCCCGUGGGCUGGAAAGUGCCCCUGGGCAGAAAGUCUCAGUGCUCAUAGGACACACCUCAUUGGCUUCUCUCCCCUGAGAGAUCACAGUGUGGGCCACCUGUUGUCCAGUUUUCUAGUUGUAGACAGCGGAAAAGCAAGUCUGGUCCUCAUUAUCCUUCAUGGCCAGAAGCAGAAGCCUUACUUUGCAAGGUGAAGCCCAGGUAGAGAACAUCGCGUGCCCACUCAGUGCGUCCCAGCCAAGAACGCUGGGUUCCUUGGGGAGAGAGGGGGAAGCUGGAAAGGUCUUUGGUGUUGGUGUGAGGGCUCUUUCCCCCAGGAUUUCACCCGACCAUGACUGCUCACACAUCCAUAAUCACCUGAGCCAUGUUUCCUCCUUCUGGUGAACCCAGCCUGGUCCUCUCUGUGGCGGGCGUCCUGGGCAGGAGUGUCAGUCACGUGCUGCGGAGAACAGGUUUUGGAGAAGGAGAGGUCAGACCGUGGGGAGAGCCUUGCUUACUCCGUGAUGAUCUGGGGCACACAUGUGGUUCUCCCACGUCUGCUCGCAUCAGACGCUUUUUUGCUGUGGAACCAUCACGUUUCUGCACAACCAUCUGGAUAAGGCAUAUGGUCAAUGCCAUCUGGAGAAUUUUCCGCCCUCACUCCCAAGUGGUGAUUUAUCUGGUGAUAGAAUUUUAUCCUAGGGCACCUGCAGUUUUCGCUCCGCACUUUGAAAAUACUAACUUACUGUCUUCUUACAUCUGUGGCUGCCGAGGAGAUGUCCUCUGCGGGUCUAAACAUCACUCCUCCAUAGGCAAGCUUUAUUUUUUAAUUCUGAGAACUUUCAAAGCUUCCCCUGCCCUUGUCCUUGGCUUUCUGAAGUCUCACUUCUAUGAGUUUCAAUGUGGACUUAUCUUCACGUGAGGAAAUUUUCCAUCAGAAAGAGAAGUCUGAAAUGUUUCGUCAUUUCUAGAAAAUUCCCAGCUCUUUUCUCCUUCAGAAGGAUUUCUUCUGAAACUCUUCACGUCCUCUGGUGAAGUUUCUUGAGUUACUCUUCACGUCUCUUCAUUUUUAUGUUGAUCUUUUAAUAUAAUUGUCUCUCUAGGUUUUAUUUUGGGGAAUUCCUCACUGCUCUUUCCCAGUUAACUUUUUUUCAUAGUAAGACUAGAAUGUUCUACUCGCUGAAGUAUGUUUUUUGUUGUCUCUGCUUUUUAUCCUGAAUAUUUCCGGUCAUUUCACAUUUCCCGUUGUUCUAUUUCUGCUUUUCUUCAUGGACAGUUUAUUAUAGUUUAACAGAUCUUAUCGUACUAUUUAUGUCUUUGGGGAUCUUACACAUCGUCAUUUCAAAGUCCUUUUUACGUGUGCUUUGUUAUCUCCACUUUAACUGUGCUGAUAUCAUCCGUGCUGCUUUUGCAGGUUGGCUUUUCCCGUGUCAUUUUCUUCCUGCAUUUUUGAACUUUGUAGGUUCACGCUGAAUGACAGAUUCCUCCCCCCCCCCCAUUUCUCUGCAUUCACCUUUACCUCUCCCUGUCUAGUAGUCUGUGGCUUCUUUAACCAGGCCUAUCAGCAUCCCCAGGGCUGGGCCAGGAUUUCUAGAGCUGUUUGGGGAACCACACCCCUUGGUGACCCUGGGGCUGUUGCAGGUUCACUCAUGAACCUGGGGGUGGCUUGGCUCAGCCAGUUGUCAUGGGGUUUUCAGAUGUGCCCAGGUCACCAUCUUGCAGGGAAGCCUUGAUCUCACGCUUUAGCUUGACUUUGCCUUUUAUUUUCCUUCUUAAAUGGUUUCUAUAUUGUUGCUGUUUGUUCAGAUGGGGAGGGAGUGGCCCCCAAGAAAUGAACUUCCAUUUCUGUAGUAAUUAUAAGGCCUCGUGUUUGUCACUAGAAGAUCAGAAACAAUGUCCUGUUUUGUUUUAAUUUCUGAGUUACAUUUGUAACUCGGGUCAAUUUCAGUCCUAUAGGACCCUUUGGCAAGAAUCAGGAGAACAGAAAGAGGUGGUGGGGUUUUGGGGUGGACCGGAGUGUUACUAUAGUGAUGAAUCAAGAGUCAUACCGAUCUAGAAUUAAAUACUGAGUUUCUCUGUAAUGGUAGAAACAAAUGCUUUAAUCUCUUUGAGCCUUACUUUCCCCACCUAUAAAAUUGGAAAAAAGUUUCAACAUUUUUGAGUUUUAUGAGGACUAAAUAAAGUGUGUAUGUAGUAUGUACCACAGCGCCUGGCUCUGUACCUUGAAAGAUGGUAAUAAAAAACCCACUUCAGAUGCUUAAA